GUUGAUCUUACGCGUCUCAUCAUGUAUAAAGACAUGAAAAAAGGAAACGAAUGAAAAAUUUUUUUUAAAAAAAGAAAGCCAUCAGGAAGCACUGGGGCCCACACAUUGACUCAUCAGUCUCCUUCCCAUUCAUCUGUUUGUUUUACGAUCCAUUGCUGAAUUUUUUCUGCCCAUUGAGCAAAACUGAUGCAAGAUUCUACCGGCCAUCGAGAACUCCAAGAUAUGCGUACCAAUCUUCUCCAGUAACUUUGCUGCCAGUGCGUGGUGUCUCCGAGAAGUUGAAAGAAUGGUCGAGUUCAAGAAGAAGAUCAUGCCGAUUUUCUACACAGCCACACCAGACGAUGUUAAGCUACGCACGGAAUUAUUCAAGAAGGAACUACGGAAGCACGAGAAGAAGCAUGGAAAAGAGCAAGUGAAGAAGUGGGAGGAGGCUCUCAAAGUGGUCGCCGGAAUCAAAGGGCAAGAAGUGAAGCCUACAGGAUUUGCGGAAUUCAGCAUGUUGUUUGUCAACACACUUCUGCGCAAGUUGAAGGUGAAAACAAAAUAUUUGGCUGGCAGCCUAGUUAAAAGAGAUGAUCAUGAAGAGGCUGUAAUGGAACUGUUGGACAUCGACUCAAGUGAUGUAUGAAUCAUUGGCAUCCAUGGAAUGGGCGGCAUCGGUAAGACGACUCUUGCCAAGGUCAUCUUCAACCAACUCUCAGCUAGAUUCGACUGUUGCAGCUUCCUUGAGAACAUCCAAGAAUCCUUAAGGCUUUAUGGUCUUGAAUACUUGCAAAAGCAGUUGGUGGAAGAUCUCGAUCCAAAGUUGAAAAACUUUCAAAAGAUCGACACAAUCAUAAUUCUCGGAGAAAAAUUUCGUAGGAGGAGGGCUCUCAUUGUCCUUGAUGAUGUUAAUCACAGAAAACAAAUAGAGAUGAUAGUCGGGAUGUUGGGUUGGUUUGGCUCUGGAAGCAGGAUAAUCAUAACGACUAGGGACAAAAGUAUUUUCACCAGAGAAGCUUGUACUCAUGCUAUGGGGGAGAUGGAUCCUGACCAAGCUCUCCAACUCUUCAGUAGACAUGCCUUUGAAGAAGACUCUGCUCCAAGUGACUUCUGAAUUCUUUCAAAGGAAGUUAUCCCUCUUACUGGAAGACUUCCUUUGGCCAUCGAAGUCAUAGGUUCCCUUCUUCGUAACUGUGAGAAGGAGAGAUGGAAAGCAACAAUUGACGAGCUAAAGAAUGUGCCCCCUCAAGAUGUUUUAAAAAAGCUGAAGAUAAGUUUUGAUGCAUUGGAGUAUAACCACAAACAGAUAUUUCUUGACAUAGCCUGCUUUUUCAUCAACAAGGAGGGAUCGAAUGCAAUUCUAAUGUGGAAAGCUUGUAACUUUUUCCCUUAUGUUGGAAUUGCGGUCCUUGUUUCCAUGUCUUUGGUGAAAAUUAGGGGCAAUAAAUUUCAAAUGCAUGACCUGAUCAAAGAUCUUGGAAGGGAACUUGUUCGCGAGGGAUGCUUUGAUGAUCCUGCCAAGGGUAGCAGGAUAUGGUCAAGCAAAGAAGCAAAGGAGCUAUUGAAGAUAAAGCAGAUAACAUAU